CUCCAUCACGUGACCGGGCGAGCCGUGUUCACUGGCAGUCGGAAAAAUCCCCCGUCACCCUUGAAGACCCACUAAAUGCAGCGUUGUUCAACUCCUGUCCGAACAGUGGAGCUGUCUCGUUGUUUUCUGACACAAAACAGGUUUCCAGUCUCCUGUUGCAGCUGAAGCUCCAGAGAUGUGACCGACGAGACAUCUACCCGACAGCAAACGUCGAGCCCGGCCGCGGAUAGAAACAAAACGCCAGCAGGACGGCGUUAAGAGAGUUGAGGAAGAAGCCGGAGUUCCACGCAGGUGUUGGGGCCCGGCCGCAGUUCGGGCUGCGUAGAUGGAGCGCUUCCAAUGGGUGCGGCAUCGCUGUCGGCAGCUGCUGGCCAUAGACUCAGAGCGAGGCUGGUACUCUCCGCCUGAUGGCCUUCCCAGCAAAAGCUCCCCACAGAAGGUCAGCGCCAGGAGGAGGACGGUGUUGGCCCGCCACGGCCCCCACCAGGAAGAAUAUGAAGCAGUGUCCAAGAAGUACAAGGGCAACAGCAUCUGCACUACCAAAUACAGCCUGCUGACCUUUAUCCCCAUGAACCUGUUCCAGCAGUUCCACAGGGCAGCCAACCUUUACUUCCUGUUCCUGGCGCUGCUUAACUGGGUGCCGGUUGUGGAGGCCUUUGAGAAAGAGAUCACAAUGAUUCCUCUGCUGGUGGUUCUCACAGUUAUCGGCAUUAAAGAUGCACUGGAGGACUACAGACGCUACCUGUUCGACAAAAAGGUCAACAACAACUUGGUGCGCGUGUUUUGUGGCAAGCAGAAGUCCUACAUUGACCGGUGCUGGAAGGAUGUGCGAGUUGGAGACUUUGUACGUUUGUCCUGUAAUGAAAUCAUCCCAGCUGACCUGCUGCUGCUGUACUCCUCUGACCCCCGUGGUGUCUGUUACAUUGAAACUGCGAACCUGGAUGGAGAGACCAACCUGAAAUUGAGGCAGGUUGUGUCAGGUUCUCUACAGGGCGCAGACUUCACACCGGAGAGCUUCCACAGUCGCAUCGAGUGUGAGAACCCUAACAAUGACCUCAGCAGGUUCAAAGGUUACAUCGAGCACUCGGGUGAGGUUCGGGCUGGCCUCCACAGCAGCAACCUUCUUCUGAGGAGUUGCACCAUCCGCAACACAGAGACGGUGGUCGGCAUCGUGGUUUACGCGGGUCAUGAGACGAAGGCUAUGAUGAACAACAGCGGCCCGAGGUACAAGCGCAGCCAGCUGGAGAAGCAUCUUAACACAGACGUCCUGUGGUGUGUUGCCCUCCUCAUCGUCAUGUGUCUGACUGCAGCUGUAGGUCAUGGCCUCUGGCUGAACACCUUUAAAGACGUAGGCUUUCAGGUCGAUGGUGAGACCUCUCCAGCUCUGGCCGGGUUCUAUGUGUUCUGGACUAUGAUCAUCGUACUCCAGGUGCUGAUCCCUAUUUCCCUGUACGUGUCCAUCGAGAUUGUGAAGCUGGGUCAGAUCUACUUCAUCCACAACGACCUGGACCUGUACAACCAGCAGCUGGACUCCAGGAUCCAGUGCCGGGCCCUCAACAUCACAGAGGACCUGGGUCAGAUUCAGUUCUUGUUCUCUGACAAGACCGGAACGCUGACGGAGAACAAGAUGGUGUUCUGUCGCUGCAGCAUUUACGGAGUGGAAUAUCCACAUGUGGAAAACGCUCGGAGGCUGCAGGUGUACGAGGCGGAGCAGAACGAGGCGGCCGGUCGCACCGUGACUCUGAAGUCGGCCUGCAGUGGGAAAUCUCUGAGCUGUCGCUCCCUGAGCUGCAACCGCAGCUCUGUGUCUCUGCAUACGCUUACUGCAGAGUCAUCAGAGGAGGAGGACCAGCUGUCCGGUCACGCCGCAGUGAGGACCGGUGCCUUCUGCAGCCGCAUGGCGAAAGACGUGGUCCCGGACCCUGAGCUGGUGAGGAAACUGAGCUGUCUUUCCUCCUCCGCUCUGCAUCUUAAAGGCAGCUCCUCAGCCAGCCUGUCCAGCCUGGAGCUCACCUACAUCACAGACUUCUUCCUGGCUCUGGCUAUUUGUAACAACGUAGUGGUAUCUUCACCCAGCCAGCCCCGCCACAUGGUCGCUGAAGCUCGAGCACCUCUAAAGUCUCUGGAGGAAAUGAAGCUGAUGUUCCAACGCCUCAGCUUCUAUUCAUUCUCUCCUCCACAAAUCAAAGGCAGCCCUCGCAGUUUCACCAGCAAGCUGUUCACUCGGGGGAAGACCAGCUCCUUCACCUUCAACACCCCUCCCAACAACAGCACGGACGGGUCAGACCCGGCUCUGGAGUGCAGCCAGGACACCUGCAAACUGAAGACUAAAGUGGACUUGCCUGACAGGGGGGACAGAGAGGAUUCUGCAGCGAUGAGCAGCAGGGAGGACCUGGAGAACUUAAUGGAGAUAAAGGCAGAUGGUGAUGGGGUUAAGCAGAACCUAGAGGGCAUGGGCGGAGAUGGAGAGUCAGAGGAGGACAUUGACGAUGAGCUGCUGUAUGAGGCGGAGAGUCCUGAUGAGGCGGCUCUGGUCCACGCAGCCCGGGCGUACCACUGCACCCUGAGGGGCCGCUCCGCUGAGAGCCUGCUGGUGGACCUGCCAGGAAUCGGCUCUCUGGUCGUGCAGCUGCUUCACAUCCUGCCCUUUGACUCCAACAGGAAGAGGAUGUCUGUGGUGGUCCGCCAUCCCGUGACAGGACAGGUGGUGGUGUACACCAAGGGAGCGGACUCUGUCAUCAUGGACCUGGCUGAAACACAGAAAGAACAGGCUCAGGAGAUCUACAGCCACAUCAGGGAACAAACUCAGAAACACCUGCAUACCUACGCCAGAGAAGGCCUCCGCACACUAUGCAUCGCUAAAAAGGUUCUGGAGGAAGAGGAGUAUGAAGUUUGGCUUAAGAGGCAGCUACUGGCAGAGAGCAGCAUCGAGAACCAAGAGGAGCUGCUGCUAGACUCAGCUCAGAGGCUGGAGACCGACCUCACUCUUCUGGGCUGCACGGGGAUCGUGGACAGGCUGCAAGAGGAUGUCCCGGAGACAAUCGAAGCCCUGCAGGAGGCCGGCGUCAAAGUGUGGAUUCUCACCGGAGACAAACAGGAGACGGCCAUCAACAUCGCCAAUGCCUGCAAACUGCUCCGCUCCAGUGACCGACUACUGUCUGCCAAUUGUGGAAGCAGGGAAGCAUGUGGAGCCCUGCUUGAGGAGCUUUUAAGCGAAGUCCAGCAUGAAGAAGAAAGAGAGGAGUCUUCCUUAAACAGCACCAGCAGCUUUAUCCUGGUCAUCGAUGGCCGGACGUUGGAGUGGGCUCUGCAGGAGGAGCUGAAAGGCAGCUUCUUGGAACUGAGCUGUAAAUGUAAGGCGGUCAUCUGCUGCCGGUCUACACCGCUUCAAAAGAGCAAGGUGGUUCAGCUGAUCCGGGACAAGAUUGGUGUCAUGACACUGGCUGUGGGAGAUGGAGCAAAUGAUGUGAGCAUGAUUCAGGUGGCUGAUGUAGGAAUCGGGAUUUCUGGUCAGGAGGGGAUGCAGGCCGUGAUGUCCAGCGACUUUGCCAUUUCCAGGUUCAAACACCUCAAGAAGCUGCUGCUGGUUCACGGCCACUGGUGUUACCACCGCCUUGCAAACAUGAUCCUCUACUUCAUCUACAAGAAUGUGAUGUACGUAAAUCUGCUGUUCUGGUAUCAGUUCUUCUGUGGUUACUCUGGAAGCGUCAUGAUCAACUCCUGGGUGCUCAUCCUGUUCAAUCUGGUCUUCACCUCAGUUCCUCCUCUCAUCUAUGGCAUCCUUGACCAAGACACGCCUGCAGACACUCUGAUGAAGCUGCCUGAGCUCUAUGGGGCUUCACGGACCACUAAGGUUUACAUUCCAUUCAUGUUCUGGAUCAACAUGCUGGAUGCCUUUUACCAAAGCCUUGUUUGCUUCUUCUUGCCUUAUUUUGCACUGGCCGGAUCAGAUGCUGGAACACUGUCCUUCGGCUCGCCGAUCAACACCUCGGCUCUCUUCAUCAUCCUGUUGCAUCAAGUCAUCGAGAGCAACACCCUGACUUGGAUUCACAUGCUGGUGUUGGUCCUCAGUGCUGCCUUGUAUUUCGGCUUUGUGCAGCUCUACAGUGCCUUCUGUGUGGUCUGCAGCCACCCCACCAACCUGUUUGGGGUGGAAACACUCCAGAUAACCCAGCCUCUCUUCUACAUCAUCUGCACUCUCACCACAGUCGCUGCUUUGUUACCAAGAAUUUUAUUCCGGGCUCUGUUCAACAGCCUUCACUCCUCUGCUCCCCUGAGAUCAGCUCAGAGAGAUGAGGCAGCUGCAGAGCGGUACCGCCAGAGGAUGAAAGUCUGGAACCUGAAACACUCAGGAGCCAGCAGCCUGCAGGUGCAUGCAGAUAAUCCCGGGCUGGAGCCCAUUGAGGAUGAGGUGGUGUCCUGAGCCCCUCCUCAACAAACAGAGACAGAGAAGCUUAGACUGAAACCACGCAACAUUUUUGGUGCAAUACGGUGUUAAAUUUGGACAGAACUCUACAGCUUUUUACAGCUCAGAGAGGACUGAUUCUGUCACAUGUGACUGCAGCUGUAAAACCCAAACAGCAGCUAAAAAACAGCCUCUAGUUUCAGCAAUGAUGAAAAUGCAGCUGCGAAAACUGGGAUGCUGGUUGGAUCGUGUUUAUAUACAUGCUCCUGUGCACUGUAGGAAUAUUUUGAUUACCUUUUCAGCUAGGGGAAAUGAAGGAAUAAUCAGCAUCCGACCAUCUUCCUCUUGGACUCCACCAUUUAUUUAUUUAUUCCUGUAAAGGCUUUGUUUUCCAUGACAAUUAAGUCUAAAGCUAAACUGGAUGGACAGGAAUCCAGUUUAAUGAAGACUGUCAGAAUGCCUUCCAGUCUUAUUGAUCCAGUCAACUAAUCAAAAUGAAAUUAACACUCUCGAGUGCUGACACAGCACCUAUCAGGUGUUCCUAAGUGCCUCGUUGCUUUUUUAUAAAGAAAAAUUAAAGCAACACUGAAUAAAAGUGAGUUGAGCUCUCAUUUAAGUGGCCUUUCAAUCCAGUACAAAAACUCAAGUUUUUGUACUGGACUUUGGUUCCCAGGUUUCACUGACCAGUUAAACUCUGAAUAAAUUCUUCACACACUAA